GCUUCAUCGGCUCUUCAUAUAUAUGUGGAAGAGUUAAUGGGCAAUGUAAUUGUACAGGUAGCGAAGGAUGAGUAUGAGAACGCGUCUCACUGGCCUGAAGCUGUUAUCAAUAACUACGCCGUGUUCAUGAGUUACCUCUCUGCUGCCGUAAGAGGCCUGGGCUUCCUAGUGCUUUCGUGGACAACCGUUGUCCUCCUUGGUGGCUUUGUCUCUAUGCUGGAGGAGAAGGACUUUUGGUCUCUCACUGUGAUUACUCUUGCACAGACUGCUGGGGUCUUUGAUGACGUGUCGCUUCAAGAGAAGCUAACCAACAUUGGGUAUUCCUUCCUCGGCCUGUUGGUUUCGAUGCUCCAGCCGAGGUCUUCUGUGAACGCAGCGGCAGCGCUGGUGCAGGCAAUGGUAUUCGUCCUCGUCCUGUGUCCUCUCGCCGCAGCCUACGUGUUUGGGCUGUACGUCUCCACGGGAGUCUCCCUGUGGCGAAUAAUCGAGCGGGACUACGUGGACGCAUCUGAUAAAGACGACCCGACCAAGAAUCUUCGGCCAGCGCUGAACGUCCUGUACUCCCUAGCUCUGCUACAGGGCGGGCUCUUCUGCUACAGGGCCGUCUUUUCUACCAAGAGAAAUGCUCUGAUCAACUACGUGGUCGGCUGGUACAAGUUGGACAACGAGGGGCGCGGUCUGGUGAUGAGCUACUUCCACGCCACGAGGAUCGGGUGCGCCAAGGACCCGGCCUUCGCAAGAGGAAGGAAGCUGCUCACGUACGCCGUGGACCUGAUGGACUCCUCCAGGUCUCCCGAGAGCUAUCUGUCCGCGGCGAGGUUCCUGUAUGCGCUCCUCCACGGAGGGGCACUGACGCAUUCUUUGAAGGAGCAGAAGAACUGGUCUAACAGUCCAGAGAAGAUGCAGCUGUUCCGCAUGCUGCUGCGGAUGCUGGAGUCGGCCAACCCCCACGGCGAAGAGGCCAGGGAGUUCACGGCGCGGAUAGUGUAUGACCUCGCCCACGAGUUCCAGCUGAAGCUAUUCCCGACGUGGUGGCCAAGCAUCAAGUCCCUCCUGGAGGACGAGGAAGCCCAUCACAGCCUGGCGCUGUGGGGCGUACGCAUCCUCACCAAGCUCGCCAGCGGCCACAUCUACCAACACGACAACCGCCGAGCCAUGAGCGACACAACGGACCUGCUCUCCAAGGUCAUGGCCACACCGAACCCCGCCUGGCACCACAGCAGCAGUGACCACGACGCGUGGUCCAAUGUUGCGGAGAAAUCUCUGAGCCUCCUGCGCCACCUGAUGGAAUCUCCUGGAGAAGCCGGCGCCAAGCUGCGACGCCAAGGGAAUGAAGCCAUCUGCGCGAACGCCGGCGCCAUCGAAAGCAUCCUCAUCUGUGACAUGUGCCAUAUAGUGGCGCAGAAAAAAGCCAUGGAGAUUCUCCAAGACCCGCCUGGGGAUGAAGCCCGAAGAAGUUCCGUUGCUGCUAUGAUAACAAUAUUUUCCAGCGCCAAGAAUGAUUUCGUCAGGCGUUGGGGACGCAAGGAAUUGGAGAAGCUCAUCUCCACAAGUGAAAGCAAUGCCUCGCUCAUCUUACAAGCAAAGUAUGACGCUUUUGCCACCCUCACGGAUGUACUAGUAGACGCCAGAAACAACGCAUGCCAGCUCAGGAUUCCUGCAGCAAGCAUUCUGGAGCGCCUCUGCUAUCAUAGUUACUCCCCGGACGACGAGGAAUGUCUAAAGAAACUCAAGAAAGAUGUGGUCGAUGCCGUGCCAAAAGUGCGUGUACUUGCCUCAUCAGAAUUCUUUUCUCUACUAUAUAUAUAG